AUGGAAAUCGAAAAGCCCCUCCCGCCAUCGGAUGAGACUGCUGACACUCGCACAACCACGGACGACAUAAGCGGGUUGCCCGCAACGCCCUUCUCCCAAUGUUCCACGCCGCGGGAGACUCCUCUCAAAGAACCCCAGAGCGAUGUCUGGAGACAACCGCUCCCCGAGAGGGCGCACCAAGUGUUCGAGCAACUCACUGGAAGCCGGCUGGGUCCGUGGAGGAUGCAAGAUGAGAACACUGCCAUUCCAUGGCGACAAGUCUUCUUCCGACUUGGGCCCUUGUCCGGGAUUCUCGCUCUCUGCCUUGCUCUUGUCUGUGUACUCGCGUCGUUGAGCGUGUUGCUCGGCUCCAACCAGACCGAGGUAGCGGCCUGGCCGAACCCACCGUCGACGUACAUUGCAAUCUUCACCGCCCUUGGCAACACGUUAAUGAGAUAUGCGGCGUUCCAGGGGGUGAUAACUGCGUGGUGGAGGAUGGCAUUAAAUGGGACAAGUCUACGGAAUCUGCAUUAUCAAUGGCGCCAGGGCACGAGCCUUCGUGGAGCCAUCACAGCUGGCCGCGGCAUAGGCUUGCUGGGCCUUGCUUGUCUCUGCUCGACACUUGUCAUCAUCGAUGGACCCCUCCUUCAACGCUCCUCAACCGUCAGGAGUGUUGCGUUCACCAUUGAUGUCCCCUUGCGUAGGACGAUGAUGCCUCAGAUUCCGACUAAUUAUACAGGUACUUGGUUUCCAGACCAAGGUGGAUACCCCGGGCAAUUUGACGACACCGCAUUCAACGGCACCAUUCCCACUCCCAAUGGGCCUGUUAGCAAUGGCAUCUUUACGACAUUCAACUUCGGGUUCAAUGAGUAUGUCAAGCUCUGGCAGCAAAACAGUGGACUCAUGAACGUCGUCGAGGGCUGCCCAGAGGGGUUGGAAUGCACGGCGAAACUUGUCGGACCUGCGCUGGCACCGACGUCUUGUGUCUCCCGUGCACAGACGUAUGACUUUAUGACACCUUGGCCCGCGAAGGACGAGGCAAAGUUCAACAGGGGCGUUCCCUUUCAAUUGCUUCUCUUCUUGACCGCCACCGAGCUGGUCGUAGACGGAUCAAACGAGAAGAUCAACUCGAUCACCGGGUCGUCUGAGUUCGUUGGAGACUCGUGUAAUGCUACAUUCACUUACAACAUCUGCACGCUGGAGUCGGCCAUUGGCGAGUACGAUGUGUCGAUCAUCGGGAAUACAACAACCAUCCUGUCCGCGAGUGCGCCGAACAUCCUCGCGAUCGCGAAGAAUGCGCCCGUCACCCGUGUGCAGAACCUGCCGGGAUUCCCUCAACACAAGUCGACGCUGGGCGGCGUCGUUGCUUUCCAUCACCAGCGGUGGGAUGCCUUUACUUACUUGAUGAAUGCAGACGGACAGGGAGACUACGACACCUUCAUCGGCGGCUCUAACACGCCUUCGUCGUUCGCGCUGCCCUCUGGACACCACGCAAAUGGCCCCGAGGGUGGCUGCACUGGCUUCUCCGACCCGAGAGACGACUACAUGGCCAGUAUCAACAAGCUAAUGUUGUCCUACGGGAUGGCUGCUGCGCAAGGCGUAGGAGACCUGACAUUAGAAGAUAUGGAUCCCGCCUUCCAAGUCAACACUCAGACCAUGGGGCAAGCUUAUGGCCAACACAACGUCUUUCAUACCGACUUCCGGUACUUCGCCGGCGCUCUCAUCAUCGAAAUCAUCUGUGUCGCGCUCGUGGUCCCGACGUACUGGGGCUGGUGGAAGGUUGGACGAACAGUGUCCUUUUCGCCUUUGGAGAUUGCAAAGGCAUUCGAGGCGCCGAUGCUGGCGGAAGCGCAUUCGAAUUCCCCAAGUGCUGCGGUCGCCGAUCGCUAUGCUGACCGCAUCGUUCAGUAUGGAGUGGUGCCCGUGGAUGGAGACGGAAGAAAAGUCAAGCUUGCAUUUGCGGAUGUGGAUCGGGUGGCGAGGCCCAAGCAGGGCACUCUUAUUGAUGUGUAG